AUGAAGCUUUCACUUAUAUCCUGUUUAACCAGUAUAUUCUUGAUCCUUCUGGUAUGGGCGUCGCCCCGACUAGAAAAAGUUUACCUGACCAAUAAUGAAUUAAUGCAAAAAGAAUACCAACACCAAAAUCAGCAUCAUCAAAAUUAUCAAAGAGAUCGUAAUAUUAUUCCUUUAGAUUUACGAUCAAUACAAGACUGGAAACUCACCGAUCUAUUGUUGAUUAGUGAUAUCGAUGGUAAUCUACACGGAGUUGAAAGAAAUAGCGGAGGAUUACUUUGGUCCUUACCUAUUGACGAUCCCUUGGUGAAAAUAAGUACUAACGUCACCAACGCCUCAAAUGAAACCUAUAAUAACACUCAAUCAAACAUCUUGUGGUUUGUUGAACCAUAUCAAGAUGGGUCUUUAUAUUAUUUCACCCCAAAAUUCGGCUUGAAUAAAUUACCAACUUCAAUCAAAAAUUUGGUUCUUGAAUCUCCUUUCUCUCUCAGUGGUGAUGAUAAAGUUUAUACUGGGAGUAGGAAAACUUCUCUAUUUACUAUCAACAUACAUACUGGUGAAAUAAUCUCGUCCUUUGGUACUAAUGACGAAAAAUGUCCCGUUCCGAAUACUCAUUCUAAUGAUAAAUCAAAAAUUCGAUUUCAUACUGAAAGUGAAGAUACAAUAAUGAUUGGUAAAACCAUCUAUGAAUUAUCCAUUUUUUCAAAAGAGCAUACUAAUGUUGUUUGGAAUGUAACUUAUGCUCAAUGGGGGCCAAAUAACAUCGAUAAUGAUUUAAUCAUGCAAAAUCAACAAAGUUUGGAUAAAUUAUACUUCACACCUUUUCACGAUAAAUCAUUAUUAGCCAUAAAUAAAAAUUUAGGUACACCAGUUUGGAUUAGUAAGUUACCUUCCUUGGCUGUGAAUGUUUUCGAUAUUUUCGAAAAUAAAAAUUAUAACGAUCAUGUUAUUUUACCUCAUCCUUUGAAAGUUUUAAACGAGUUACAAGUUAGUGAAGAUACAAAUAACAAUGAUUUAUGUUUUUUGAAUAAAACUUCAAAUGGUAAUGAAUGGUUCGCAAUGAGUUUCGUUAAUUAUCCUACCUUGAUUAAGUCGGCCCCAAUUUCUCCUUAUCAAAUGUCUUUAUACAAAUUGAGUCAUUCAAUUCCUUCGGAAGUCGAUGUUGAAUUUUUAUCAAACUUUAAGGUUUCCAAUACUCCCUUGGUUGAUCAUUUAAUUAAUGGUAUUCAUCAAACAAACCACUUGACUGCUGAUACGAUGUAUCAACCAGUUUCAAAUUUCGAUAAUAAAGCUAAUCCAAUCAAACAAAUUAGUGACGGUAGAACAAGUGAACCUCCAGUUGACAAUAAUGAUUCCCAUAAUGAAAAUUCCGUUCCUGAUGUCAUGAAUGGGUUUGUUUUCCGUGAUAGAAAAGAUGAAUCACCUUAUGGUAGGGACGUCUCUACUUUAGUUAAUUCGAAUAAUCAAGAUGUAUUAGUGUUUGAUAGAUCAAGAGAAUCUCAAAAAGACUUAUCUCAGAAGGAUGAUAAUGCAACAACAACAACCAUAGAAUCAUUAUCUUUAAUCAAAAGAAUAUGUGAAGAUCUAAUUGUCAUUUUAAUUCUCUUGGUUCUUCUAAUGGUCUUCGGUAAAUUAGGAAAAUUAACUAAAAAAUUUCAAAAGUUUAUUGAUGUGAGUUCCUCAAGUCCAAAUACCCCAAUUCCUCAAAGUGAAAAAACAUUUUCCAACUCUCCUCAUUCAGGUAAUGAUAAAACAGAGAAUUUGGAUUUGGAAAUUAAUAAGUAUAAUUUACUGGAGAAAGAUCAUUUACCUGCAUCGAUAGAAAUAAGAGAUGCCGACUCAAAUAACACUACUACUCGUAGUUCAUCAAUUUCGGAUGGAACCGAUCAAGAUUUAUUGGACCCUUCACUUACAGCUAAUGAACAGUCUACCAAUCACUCUAGAUCCUCUUCUAACGGUACUGUAACGACAUCAAACUCAACAUCUGACCAGCUUUCGUCUUCAAAACAAGUUAAAAAAGUCACCAUAGUUAGUCCUGAUGAUUCGCUCGAGCAAGAAAAUUCAAAACCUUCAGUCAGCGAGGAGAAAGUUGAAAUAACAACUGGAAAUCAAUCACCGGAGGAAUUAAACCCUCUCGGUAUUGUCACUUCAGAAAAUACUGAUCCCGGUGACGCAGACAACGACAAUGACAAUGAUAAUGAACAAGAACAAGCAGUUACGAAAAAGAAGCGUAAGAGAGGUAGCCGUGGAGGAAAGCGUGGAGGUAAAGGUAAAAAGAAAAAUAAAAGUCCUGAUGAUACCAAUGGUGAUUUAGGAAGCAAUGAAAAUAAUCCAACUGAUGAUGGCAUCGUUAAUGGAGAUGAUGUUGAAUCAGUUGAACAACAGGAUAAAGAGGAAGUUAUAUCAACCAAAUCACUUAUCAAGACUAUUCAAAAACAGCCUUCCACUCAAAAGCUUCCUUUGAAGAAACUCCAAAUAGAAAAUAAUUUAGUGAUUUCUGACAAGGUUUUGGGUUAUGGAUCUCAUGGUACCGUUGUUUAUGAAGGAACCUUCGAAAAUAGACCGGUUGCAGUAAAACGUAUGCUUCUUGAUUUUUACGAUAUUGCCAAUCAUGAAGUGAGAUUACUUCAAGAAAGUGAUGACCAUCCAAACGUCAUUAGAUAUUUCUGCUCUCAAUCAAGUGAGUCUGAAAAAUUUUUAUAUAUUGCCUUAGAAUUAUGUUUAUGCUCGCUAGAAGACAUAACAGAGAAAUCAAAACUUUAUCCACAAAACCUUAGAUUGAAUGAAUAUAAUAUCAAUAAUGUUUUACACCAAUUAGUGAGUGGAUUACAUUAUUUACAUUCUUUGAAAAUUGUUCAUCGUGACUUGAAACCUCAAAAUAUCUUGGUUGCUGAUACUAUGAAAAAACCUUCAAAUAAUAAAAACCAGGAUGCUUCAGCUCAAACAAGUUCUAUCCGUUUAUUGAUUUCUGAUUUUGGUUUAUGUAAAAAAUUGGAUGCUGAUCAAUCCUCCUUCAGGGCCACAACUCAGCAUGCAGCCUCUGGUACCUCUGGUUGGAGAGCCCCAGAAUUAUUAUUACAUCAUGACUUAUUAGAAAUAUCGCCUGAGACUAUAUCUUCGGUUGGUUCUUCUUCGCGCCAUUCCAUCAUAACCAAUGGUAAUACUCCUUCAACUGGAAAUGGAAAACGGUUGACUAAAGCAAUUGAUAUUUUCUCUUUAGGAUGUGUAUUUUUUUACAUAUUAACUAAUGGUAAUCACCCAUUUGGUGAUCGCUACUUAAGAGAAGGUAACAUUAUUAAGGGGGAAUAUGACUUAUCAUUAUUGAAAUUUUGUUGCCCAACUGAUUAUGUUGAAGCUUCUCAUUUGAUUUCGGUCAUGAUAAGCCAUAACCCAAAGUUGAGACCAAAUACUUUCCAAUUAAUGAAACAUCCAUAUUUCUGGGGGAUGAAUAAGAAACUUGAAUUUCUCUUAAAAGUUAGUGAUAGAUUUGAAAUUGAAAGAAGAGAUCCUCCAAGUGAUUUAUUAUUAAAAUUAGAAUCUGUUGCAGAACGAGUUCACCAAGGUGAUUGGCAUGCUAAGUUUGAUGAUGAAUUCAUGAAUAAUUUAGGUAAAUAUAGAAAAUAUAAUACUGAAAAACUAAUGGAUUUAUUGAGAGCUUUGAGAAAUAAAUAUCAUCAUUUUAAUGAUAUGCCUCCUAAAUUGCAAGAACAAAUGAGUCCUUUACCAAAUGGGUUUUAUAAAUAUUUCAAUAAUAAAUUCCCUCAUUUAUUAAUGGAAAUUUACUUUAUUGUUGAAGAAACAUUAAAGCAUGAACAUGUGUUUGAAGAAUUUUACUAA